GGCCCCAUCACAUUUUGUUCCUCCGUUGUCUCAUGUGUCAGUUUUUUCUGCCGAAUCAGCGGAGUGGUUUCUCGCGAAAUUGAAAGUUUUAGACCCCGUUUGUUAUCCGAAGGCUCGCUCAUUUUAAAGCUGAAACGUUAAUCCGUAAACCGAGUUAACUCUGUCCGGAUGAGAGGGUUAAUCCACACAAAGUACACCAAACUGAAAAGUGUGAAGGUUUUAGGCUCCGUUUGAGACAGUGAACAUGGGAAAGAAAAGGGGGAAGGACAAGAGCUCCAGAGAGGACGAUGACAUUGAACUGACAGGUCCAUCCUGCAGGCAUAUUAAGAAGGGGACAGACCAAACUCUUUUAAAGAAACUCUCCGGGAAUUCUGAUUGGACGAGUUGCCAGGAUUGUAAGCAUGAAGAAAAUAAAGAAAAUAUCAGCUCCACCGCACCCCAGGACUCUGAAGAGGAAAAAGAAACAGCAUCCGUAUGGAUGUGCUUAAAAUGUGGCCAUAGAGGAUGUGGACGUAACUCUGAGAACCAGCAUGCCAUCAAACAUUCUGAGACUCCUCGGUCGGAUCCACAUUGCCUGGUGAUCAGUCUGGACAACUGGAGUGUGUGGUGUUACAUAUGUGAUGAUGAAGUCCGGUACUCCAGAACCGGACAUUUGGCUCAGCUGGUGACCAACCUACAAAAGCAAACGUCUGCAGAUCCCAUAAAGAGACCACAGAAAAGAGUGAAGGAGGAAGACAGCUUGUUGGAAGUUGAUCAGAAGACAGACACUGUAAAAGCAGAUAAAAGUGAGGACGUGGAAAACAAAGAAAACAAGGACCGCCAAAAGAAAAAUGCCAAGAAAGAGAGUGUUGGGAAAUCCCCAAAGUCUGGCACAUCUGAAGACAAUGGUGGUGUUUCAGUAAAGGGGCUGAGCAACCUGGGAAACACAUGUUUCUUUAAUGCAGUCAUUCAGAAUCUCUCUCAAACACAGCUCUUAAGACAGACUCUCAACAAGGUGACCCGAGAGAAAAUGAGUCUUAACAUUAAACCUGUUGCCUCGUCAGAUCUGGAGCCUAUCGUAAUGCAGUUAGACCAGCCUGGAUCCCUGACUUUGUCUAUGUGUCAACUACUCAAUGAGAUCCAGGAAACCAAGAAGGGUGUGGUAACACCACGGGAGUUGUUCACACAAGUUUGUAAAAAGGCUGCCAGGUUCAAAGGAUUUCAGCAGCAAGAUAGCCAGGAGCUGCUGCGCUACCUUCUGGAUGGGAUGCGAGCAGAGGAGAUCAAAAGAGUAAGCUCAGGGAUCACGGAGGCAUUGAAAGAAUCUAGAAAAAUCACAGAUGGAGAGCAGCUGAAAACAUUAGUUAAAGAGUAUGAGAAAAAUGGUUUUCCAAAAAACUUUGUCGACCACGUUUUUGGUGGGGAAACGACCAGCACUAUAAUGUGUCAGCAGUGCAAAACGGUGUCUGUAGUCACAGAGAUGUUUUUGGAUCUUUCCCUUCCUGUUUCGGACGAGGCAUUCAGAAAGAAGAACCAGAAAAAAUCAGUUCAGAACACUAGUGAGUCGAGCCAGGAUGGCAGAAACAGCCCUGCUUUGACAAACGGGAAUGAUGACAGUCCCACCGGGUCCAGCAGCAAGUACCAGCAGAAGAAAGCCAAGAAGCAGGCAAAGAAGCAGGCAAAGCAUCAAAAGAGGCAGCAGAAGAUUGAGGGCAGAGUCACUUUGGACAGUCUCUCAUCUCCGAGCCACACGGAGAGCAAACCGACUGAUCCUACUGCAGACGCAAAGGACGAGGAACAUUCUGACAAUGAAACGCAUGAAGAAGCCUCACUGAGUGAAGGAAAUCCUGCACAAGUCGGCGCGUCCGAACAAGACCAGAAGAACAGUGACGUGGUCCAGGAUGAGGAGGAAAACGAAGAGGACGAGGAUUCAGUGAUCGACUGCGACUCAUCAGCUACGUCAUCAGUCAACAACCGCUUUACCAUCUUAUCAGAGGAGCAGCACUCAAAGGAGAGCGUCUUCGACGAUGACAUGGAUCAGGAAGGAGAAGAGGACACGCGGCUGGUGAGCGACAUGGAGAAAGUAACCCUGGAUGAUGCCUUCAUAGAAGAGCCUGAUGCUGUGGAACAAAGCAUGGAGAUUGAAGAUGAGCCACUGGAAGCUAAAGAGUACACUGUAGUAAGUCAGGACCCGAGGCUGGCCUUCAAAACACUGGCCACCAGGACAGCCCCUGAGAAACAGGAGUGUUCAGUCCAGUCGUGCCUAUUUCAGUUCACAGCAGUGGAAACGCUCACACAGAACAACAGCCUGCUAUGUGUCACUUGCACUAAACGGCAGCCAAACAAAGACAAAGCUGGAGGAUCCAAGAAGAAUGUCUACACUGAUGCCUUGAAGCAAAUGUUGAUCUCUUCUCCCCCACCAGUGCUUACCCUUCAUUUGAAGAGAUUCCAACAAAAUGGAUACAGCAUUUGUAAGGUGAACAGACAUGUCCAAUUCCCCCUGAUACUGGAUCUAGCUCCUUUUUGUGCGGUUAAAUGUGAUAACUUGACAGAGGGAGAUUUUCAGAUUUUGUACAGUUUGUACGGUAUCGUAGAGCACAGCGGAACAAUGAGGUCAGGCCAUUACACGGCGUAUGUGAAAGCGCGACCCGAGUGCCCUAAACCCUCAUCCAACGGACUCGCAGCUGAAGGACAUGCAGAGCCACCCAGAGGAUCCUGGUUCCAUAUCAGCGACACAAGCGUUCAGCCCGUGAGCGAGAGUAAAGUCCAGAGUUGCCAAGCCUACCUCCUCUUCUAUGAAAGAAUUCUUUGAUCCGACUGUGCCUCACUACUCAGGAAACCCCAACAACCUACCUGCUGCUUCGGCUCCACAAUCUAAAACGGUUAACCAACCAGUUUUGACUCAAACUGGGCUGUGAUGAAAUGUUAUUGAUUAUGCAGAAGGGACAUUUGACAGUGUUGACAUUUUCAUCACAGUGGUUUCACAAGGUGUUUUUAAGUAUCACACAGGACCAGCUGUAUGUUUCUCACACUCACGGGAAUAUGACAAGGCGUGCCACGAAAAGUCGAGAUGGACAUUGAACAGAUUGUGGUUUAGAGUGCUGCCGAAAUGAGUCCCGAAAUCCGGAAAUGAUUUAGGAUUUUUUGCACUUCCGGUUCCUUCGUCUCAGUCGACCGUAACAGGCUUGAGAGAUUCCCGGGUUUUGUUCUACAACAUAAAAUACGUCGGUAAAUACUCCUCACGUGAAUUUUGAAGUUUUUACGAGUCUUAAAAAAGGAGGUCGCUAACAAGUGGCAAAAUGACAUGGCAGAGAUCAAACGUCAUCACACCGAACACACAAAAUCAGUUGGAGGUGUUCGUUUAUAGCCUGAUGUUAGCUUUUUACUUCUGGGGAUUGCAUUUGUACUUCAAAAAUCAUAAACGUUGUCUUAAUUUGUGAUUAUUAUCUUGCUGAACACAUUGUGUAUACAUCAAACUCCUUUUUGCCACAGAUCUUUUUUUCUGCAAUAAUUCAAAAUCUAAUGGAAAAUCCUGUUGGCUUUUUUGUCGAGGGAACCAGGGCUGACCUACAAAAAUACUUCCCUGCCGCACUCUAUUAAACAGGACCUGUAUGUCAUAUCAUGGGGCAUAUGGCAAGGUGUGCAAUGGAACCCAAGAUGGACUUGGACAGAUUGUGAUAUUGGAUUUGUACACAUGACAAAAAUCAAUUUCCAGAGAUAAAUUAAAGUUGGGGGAGAAA